AUACUUAUGAAUGUUUUUCCAUACUGUAAAUUCUUCAACUGAUUUUUUCAUUCAUCUUAAUUAUCCUCAUGAACUUGUUAGCUCAUUUUGGACAGCUUGUUGCUACAUUUGAAGCAUUUAUUGGAGUUCGAGAUGACAAAGCAACUGCUCAAGUUAAACUCUUUGGUGAUAAUUUGCAGGUUUUGGAAAAAAAUCUUCCAUUGGAUAACGCUUACAAAUCAAAAGAUGUUAUUGCUGCUCCCAUUCGUGUCAUCCAGCUCAUUUAUAAUGCAGGGGAUGUAAAGGGUCCUCAGACUAUUGCCUUCAAUUUACCAAAUGAAGAACGAAUUGUAAAGGACCGAGGGACAUCCAUGGUCAUGCUUAAGAAUGCCUCAGAGGCAAAGUUUAAGCACAUUCUUGAGCCGAUAGCUGACACAUGUAUCAAAAAGGAACAAAGGGAACUUGUAGAUUUUGAGUCUUUCUUCCUUCACACUAUCUUCCAUGAGUGUUGCCAUGGCAUUGGGCCUCAUACGAUUACGCCUCCUGAUGGGCGAAAGUCAACAGUUAGAUUGUUGAGGAUUGUUUCUGGUCUUAUAUUCAAGAACAGGUCACUUGCAAAAGAAAAAGAAAAUGAAGAACAGGAGCUGGAAGAACUAUACUCGGCUUGGAAGAAGCAAAAGCAGAUAUAGUUGGUCUUUGGGCACUGAAGUUUCUCAUCAGCAAGGUCUACUUAAGGUAUCUAGAGUUUAGGAAUGUUUGUUCCAUAUUAUGCUUGGAUAUAUUAUAAUAUUAUAUAUAGUUGUGUUGCUUGUGCAUUAGUUCUUAUAUGUGGAACCUACCCAUGGCUGUGUUUCAUUUGAUCUCUCUGUGCUUAAUUUGCUGGGUCAAAAUUUGCUUCCAAAAAGUUUGGUAAAAUCCAUGUAUGGUACUUUCCUUGUGGGAUGUUUCCGCUUAGUAUGAUUUGGCUUAGAGGAAGCUCAUGGGUGCUGGUGGAUAUAGCUCCCACAUUUCCUGUGGCCCAAAAAUUAUUUCAAUGAAGGCAGCUGUCCGUU